AUGAGUCAACAGGAAGCAGAGGACGCAGCAGAUGUGAUCACUGGUACGAUUUUGAUUUGUAAUGUACCUGCACGUGUUUUAUUAGAUCCUAGCGCUACGCAUUCCUUUGUUUCCAAUAUGUUUUUAACCAUGCUGAAUAGGAUGUUAGAGCCUUUAUCUGAGGAGUUAGUCAUAUGCACACCAGUUGGCGACGUUUUAUUAGUCGGUGAAGUGUUGCGUGAUUGUGAGGAAAAGGUAACUUUUAGGAAACCAGGUUCGACUGAAGUUGUUUUUAAGGAUGAGAGAAAGAUUAUCCCUACGAGUUUGAUUUCAGCUCUGAAAGCUGCGAAGUUGUUGAGGAAAGGUUGCACAACAUUUCUUGCGCACGUGGUUAAGGUGCAAGAAGAACAGUUGAAACCAGAAGAUGUUCCUGUAGUGAAUGAAUAUAUAGAUGUUUUUCCCGCUGAUCUAUCGGGUUUUUCGCCUGAUAAAGAAGUGGAAUUCACUUUUGAAUUGUUACCAGGAACAACACCUAUUUCACAGGCACCAUACAGAAUGGCUCCGAGCGAGCUUAAGGAGCUGAAGCUCAAAGAGUUCCAUGCCUUGCUCAUACGCUAUGUUGACGACAACCUUCAUGCGUGUGAAAUGUCUCCUUUUGUAGCCACUACUCAGUCGGUCCUAUCUUCCCUUCUCUCCUCCUUCGAUGUCCCUAAUGUGAUACGAGGGCCCUUGGAAGAGGGCUUCUCCUUCACCCUAAGAUGGAAGGCUGUCUUAACAGCUUCGUGGUAUGCUCACCUAAUGGCAAAGGACAAUGACUCCGUCUAUCCAAUAAUUCAAAGAAGAGUAUCUUAG